AUGUUUGGUAAUAUUUCCCAAAGACUUGCAGGCAAGAACAUCCUAAUUACAGGUGCGUCCACUGGUAUCGGAUACCAUACAGCAAAGUAUUUUGCAGAAGCUGCAAAUGGAGACUUGAAGUUGGUUUUGGCUGCAAGAAGAAAGGAGAAGCUGGAGGCACUAAAGGCAGACUUGCUUGCCAAGUAUCCAUCCAUCAAAGUCCAUAUUGAGAGUUUGGAUGUCUCCAAAACGGAAACCAUUGCACCUUUCUUAAAAGGUUUACCUGAGGAAUUUUCAAUUGUCGACGUGUUGGUCAACAAUGCAGGUAAGGCGCUUGGUUUGGAUCCAAUUGGCUCUGUCGAUCCAAAGGACGUGGAUGAAAUGUUCCAGACCAAUGUUUUGGGUAUGAUUCAAUUGACCCAGUUGGUUGUACAGCAAAUGAAGGAGAGAAACUCCGGGGACAUUGUCCAACUAGGUUCAGUGGCUGGUAGAAACCCAUACCCAGGUGGUGGUAUCUACUGUGCCUCCAAGGCCGCAUUGAGAUCUUUUACACAUGUAUUGAGAGAGGAAUUGAUUAAUACCAAGAUUAGAGUGAUUGAAAUCGAGCCUGGAAAUGUUGCAACUGAGGAAUUUUCCUUGACCAGAUUCAAAGGUGAUAAGUCCAAGGCCGAAAAGGUCUAUGAGGGAACCGAGCCAUUGUAUGGUACCGAUAUUGCAGAAUUGAUUCUAUUUGCAGUUUCUAGACCUCAAAACACUGUUAUUGCAGAAACACUUGUUUUUGCUAGUAACCAAGCUUCUGCUUACCAUAUUUUCAGAGGAUCAUUAGAUAAAUAG